CGGACCCAUGGGUCGCUAUAUCAGUCUGGGAGCUGAGCACUCGGCGCGCCAUAUCCCCCGACCCAUAGCGUUUCUGGGCGCUUGCUUUGCGCGUAUAUAGAGCGGCGUUCCGUCUCCUGUAACCUUCAUGCUGAACCAGCAGUCCGUCGAACCGGGAACGGUACACACAGAGAUGCGCAAUGCGGACGAAGUGCUUCGGAUGGUCAGGACGGAGUGGCCGCAGGAGUUCGACCAGAAGCCCGAGAGAGCUGGGCUUCUGAUCACGGAUGAGCUUGCGAAGGCCACGAAGAGGUGCAGGACGAAGGUAGAAAGGAUUGCGAAGGAAUGCCGUAAACGUAACCGCCGAUUUCGUGAUAUCGAGUUCGACAUCGAAGAAGAUCGCGCUCGCUGCUUGCACGACCUCACGCUAUCGGACGAGGACGGGCUGAAGCCCAGCGACGUUCAACGCGUCUCGGAAAUAUUCAGAAAUCCCGCGUUCUUCAUCGACGGCGCGACAUCCGGCGAUAUCGUGCAAGGCAAUCUCGGGAACUGUUGGUUCUUGUCCGCGCUUGCGACCGUCAGCACCAUUCCCGAGCUCAUCGAGAAGAUCUGUGUCGCGCGUGAUGAGAUCGUUGGCAUCUACGGGUUCAUUUUCUACAGGGACUGUGGAUGGUCUGAGGUCAUCAUUGACGACCAACUGUUCACUCGCAUCCCAAAAUACGAGGAGUUGAAGCCUAGCGAGCAAAAGUUGUACAAGAACGAUAAGGAUCUAUACAACAGCACUGCACGUCUUGGAUCCAAGGCGCUAUACUUCUCGUCGUGCGGAUCGGACAACGAGACAUGGGUGCCCUUGAUAGAGAAGGCAUAUGCCAAACUGUACGGGGAUUACAACUCCAUACAGGGAGGCCAAGCUUCAUACGCUAUCGAAGACCUGACCGGAGGCGUUGCCAACACAUUUCAUCCGGCCGAUAUCUUGGAUACGGACCGGUUCUGGAGAGAAGACCUCAUGCGCGCGAAUCAAGAUCGCUUGUUUGGGUGCUCAAUCGAGAAGAUGAAUGGAGAGGACGCGGAUGAUAACGUUAAGGGCAUUCUGACGUCUCAUGCAUAUUCCGUGAUCCGCGCCAUUGAAGUUCGAGGGAAGCGGUUUCUAAAAGUUCGCAAUCCUUGGGGAAGGAGUGAAUGGUCCGGUCGUUGGAGCGACGGCUCAAAGGAAUGGACACAAGAUUGGCUCGCUGCCCUUCCAGAACUUGGUCAUAAAUUCGGUGACGACGGCGAAUUCUUAAUGGAAUAUCGUGAUUGGCUUUCUACGUUCACCUUGAUCGACAAGACACGUCUCUUCGAUUCUACCUGGGCGAUGAGCUCUCAAUGGCUGAAUGUCGCCUCUCGACCCUUCCCGUCUGCUUGGCGAUUUGGGGACGUAUCGUUUACGUUUUCCAUCCGCGAAGAUACGCCUGCCGUCAUCGUCCUGGCGAAAGCCGAAACGCGAUAUUUCAAGGAGCUCAACGGCCCAUAUGAGUGGUCGUUGGAGUUCUUGGUUUUCGAGAGAGACGGAACGGAGCCCAUUAUCAGCUCGGUGCACGAUACGCUGUGGGGCCGCAGCGUCACGGCGGAGAUCGACCUGCAUGCAGGGGAGUACGUGGUACAUGUUCGGUUGGAUAAGCGGCUGUGCAAGUCGCCGAAUUUCACGCAUGAGGGUAUGCCGAAAUGGAACGGGCGCAAGCGGACGCGCAAGCUCACCGAGAUGGCGUUGAGCGCCAGUAUCGCUGCGAACUUCGAUGCAACGGGUUGGAUUCAGCAGCUUCCCGUCCCAACCGAGUCGUUCAUCGGGAAGGAUCUCACCGAAAUGGAAAUCAGCUUUCACCGCGAUCUCGCGAGGAAAACCGCGCAAACUUUGGCCGCCGCGACCCACAACUUUCGAGAGCGAGGUUUCCCGACCCAGGCGGACCGUGUCCUCGACCGCCAUGCGCCGGAUGACGGGCCCGAGCCGAUAUCGCCUGAAGGCGAUCCCGAUGCCUUGUGGGCGGAACGGCCUGAAGAUCCACUGACGCCCGUCGUGCCACACACGCGGGAAGACACUCCAGCUUCUGACGCUCAUGAUGUGGUUCACGACCUUAUUAUGUGCAACAUAUGCACAAUGUAUCCGUUGUUUGGGCCUCGCUAUCAUUGCCUUGAUGCUGAAUGUCCCGACAUAGACAUCUGUCACGAAUGCAUGAGCUCAGGUAGACACCCUGCAAGCCACAAGAUGCUACGUAUCAACACCCCAGCCGAAGCGGCGUCAUUGGAGGUACCGCAUGACCCCCUGGAAGAUGUUGUGAUAGGAUUGAAGGUGUACACGAAACGCACUGCACCGGCGACUAUCAAGGGUCAGUUAAGGCACGGGAAGGUACUGAGAUGGGUGAAAGAAAACAAGAACAAGUCAGUUUGAGGUCGUCCCAUAUCAAUUGUCCAUGCACUGCGAAUUCGACGAAAUUUACUUGUGUAGGGUAUGCU